CGUGAUGGCGCUGCUGUAGUCUUAUCCGUGACGUCAAUCGACUGGCUGAAGCAGCCGAGGAACAGUGAGCUGAGGUCUUUCAUUCUUUGCAAAGAUGUCUGACGGGAAGUUGUACGAUGUGUUAGGUGUUUCAAGAAAUGCCACUGAAUAUGAAAUCAAGAAGGCAUACAGAAAAUUGGCGAAAGAGUACCAUCCUGACAAGAAUCCACAGGAAGGAGAAAAGUUCAAGGAGAUCUCCUUCGCCUACGAGGUUCUGACGGACCCAAAGAAGCGAGAAAUUUACAACACCUAUGGCAUCAAUGGACUCAAGGAGGGCGUCCAUGAAAGUCCUUUUGGAACAGAGGACAUCUUCUCGCACAUCUUUGGUGGGAGCCCAUUUGGAGGAAUGUUUGGCAUGGGUGGGUCAAGUGGUCGGAGGCGGCGUCAACGGGGUGAAGACACAAUCCACCCUCUGAAGGUGUCUCUAGAAGAUUUUUACAAUGGUAAAACAGUGAAACUUCAAGUAGACCAUACUGUUAUUUGCAAGACCUGUGAAGGGGUAGGGGGCCGAACUGGCUCAGUGCUGACUUGCCAAAGCUGUCGAGGUCAAGGUAUCAAGGUGACAUUCAAACACAUUGGCCCAAACAUGAUGCAACAAAUGCAGUCCACUUGCCCCGACUGCCGGGGUGAUGGUGAGGUGAUCAAUGAGAAAGAUGCUUGCAAGAGCUGCAAAGGUCACAAGGUGUUGAAGGAGGUCAAGUACAUAGAAGUCAACAUCGACAAGGGCAUGAGAGACAAUGAGCGCAUAGUCUUCAGAGGUGAAGGUGACCAAUUGCCAGGGGUGGAGCCCGGAGACAUUGUCAUAGUGUUGCAGACCAAGCCGCAUGAAGUGUUCCAUCGAGAUGGCUGCAACCUUUACAUGACCCACACAGUGUCCUUGACAGAAGCCCUCUGUGGAUUCGAAAUGGUCUUGAAGCAUCUAGAUGGCAGAGACCUCGUCAUCAGGGAAGUACCAGGAAUGGUGAUCAAACCUCGAUCUAUAAAGGGCAUCCGAGGAGAAGGGAUGCCCAUUUAUCGGAAUCCCCUUGAGAAAGGAAACCUCUACAUAAAGUUUGAUGUGGAGUUUCCCGAGAAUCACUUUGCUGGUGAAGAAGCACUUAAGGAGCUUGAGGCCUUGCUGGGUGACCGGCCGAGUGCUGGGAUGGAUGGAGUGCCUGUUGGGGACCAUGUGGAGGAAGUGGACCUUCACGAUUAUGAUCCCAACAGCCAGAAUCAGCGCCAGGAGGCAUACCAUGAGGACGAGCAGCAGCCACGAGGCAGCGUGGAAUGUGCACACCAGUAGUUGCAUAGCAGAAAAUUCAGCCCAGGAAGCGCAUGGACAGUGGAGCAGAGUGCCAGCUUUGAGAAGCUGGAGGAAUGGGUGGGGUUAGGGAAGCUUUUCAAAGAUGGUGGACUCUGCACUGGGGUCAGGGAGCAAGAUUCCCAGUCGCUUCGCUUCUGCUGUUCAUGUUAGCGGAGUACUUGUUCCGCAUAGCUUUAUUUCCUGGUUAGCGUUGAGCUUUUUUUUUUUGUGCUCCUGUAGCCAACAUAUGUGCAUUAAUUGAACACGUGCUGCUGGUGCCUGCUUCCUUUCUUGUAGGCCAGCAGCUGUACCAUGCUGACCUUCUAAAUUUCUGGGUUUCACCUUCUGAUCCUUCCCAUGUAACUUUUUUUUUUCAUGUGCAGUGAGGUUUUGUCUUUGAAAUAAAGACGACACUUAAAGCAUGUUUCAUACGUAUCUAGGAUAUGGAAAGUAAGUUUGAAUGCUGUCAGCCUGAUAAAAAGAAAUUGCUACUAUUUGCAUUUCUUGUAAAAUAAUAUAAUAAAAAAAAACGCUCUGCCUCAUAAUGAAAGGUUUACAACUGAAUGACUAGAAAGUACAGUGCCGAUUAUAGUUGUGUAUCUGUAGUUCAUAUUUGCAGUUAAGCCUGUCAUGAUGCUUAAUUUUAAUGUUCACUAGUGGAGUUUCUGCACAAGAGACUUCACUGCAGUUCUGUUUUAAGAGGUGCCGUUUUGUAAUGGUUGCUGGUACAUUAAAUCGUUCGUCUUCUCUGUAUGUUUUUCUUGAAA